AUGAAGUGUACUAGUCACGCCUGCGUCUUCACUGCCUUCUUGGCUGCCGCUUCUUCCGUUCUUGCUUCCGACAUCACUCACGACGACCUCUCAGCGCGGGCCGCUGAUGUUUUCGAAGGAACUCUCUCAGCCAGAAGCAACGCUCUCUUUGACGACGUCGAGUCGCGCUCUCCCGAUCCGCUAUUCUUCCUGCCCGCACUAAUAGGAACAGUCGCCCGAGUGGGCGCCCAGGUAGGCGCUAGGGUCGGCGCUCGCGUCGGCGGUAGGGCUGGUGCCAAAGCCGCUGCCAAAAAGGGUGCCAAGAAAGGGGCUAAGAAAGGUGCCAAAGAGGGUGGAAAACAGGGCGGCGAGGCUGCCCAUAAACGUCAUCAGCAGAAGAAGAACGAGAAGAAGAAGCGGGAUUUUGAAGAUGGAUGGGAGCUUGAGAUGAGGGCGCUCGAUGGGUUCGCGGAGGAGUUUGCGGAGGUUGUGACGAGGGAGUUCAUGGAGAGCUGGAGUGAUUUGGUGGAGAGGGGUGUCUCUGAAGGGGCAGUUGAGGAUGUUUUUGUGAGGGCGCUUGCUGAGUGGGACGAGCUGGAUUAA